UUAACUCAUCAUUUACCACUAAUCAGACCAUCCGCAACAAAAAUGGGUGCAAAACAAUCUCGGGAGCCACGUUCGGUUUCUAUUGAAAAUCCUACUGGCGUUCUGGAUAUAUCCGAUGAUGUGGUAAAGCGUCUCAAGCAGGGCAUCUCACAGCAGGCGCGAGAGCAUGCCGCCGUUGCAGAAGAGUCCAAACCGGCGCCAAAAGCCCAAGUCAAAGCUCCAGUUAGCAGUCCUGCACCAAAAGUGGUUUAUCAAGCCCCCACUCCAGUUUAUGUGCAGGGUGGUGGACACACAAUUAGCGCUGCUGAUGUGCAACGUCAAAUGAACCAGCAGCUGCAGAAGAACGACGAGCUCUGGCAACAGCGGAUGGCAAAGUUGGAGGAGAAUCUAAAAAAGACCAACACCAUUAUGGAAUCAGAGUACGCAAAUGCAGUGGAGAAUGUGCACAAACGCUUUGUAAGCACUGCUGCCGCCCACAAGACACCUCCCUGUCAGGAUCUGAAAGCACAGCUGCUCGCUUGCUACCGUGCGCAUCCAGGCGAGACACUGAAAUGUAUGGAGGAAGUGACGCAGUUCAGACAAUGUGUUGAUAUGCAUCGCAUUAAGAAGUUGGACAGUGAACCUGAGGCGACUCCGAAGGCAGCGGCUGGCAAGGUCACCGUUCCAGUUGCCAAGGCAGGUUAAGACUUGAAAGUUUUCGAAUUAUUUAUCAGUUCUGGUGGCUAAUAAGUCCUCAUGCCUUCGGUCUUCUAUGUAAGCGAAAUAGCGACCAGUUAAGCGAAAGUGUAUUUGUGAACUAUAGUAAAUUAAUUUAAUAUUCCU